CAUUUAUUAGGCGUAUGAGACAGAUUCUUUUCCUUAUUUGACAGAUUUGUCAAAAUUACGUCAAUUGCAUAAAUUUUUGUAUUCUUUGUAACUUCAUUUCAUAAUUUAAACAACUUCAUCUCCAUAAAACUAAUAAAUGGGAGACAGUGAAGGAGUGUACACAUAUUGGCAACUAGAAGAUAUAGCAGAUUUUCUAAAGCAAAGAUCAAACAAUAUUUUUCCUAAAGUAGCCAUAAUAUGUGGAUCUGGAUUAAGCGGUCUCGCAAAUGUAGUAGAAAAUCCAACCGAAAUUAAUUAUGACGAAAUUCCAAAUUUUCCUAGAAGCACAGUUGAAGGUCAAACUGGAUCUCUAGUGUUUGGUACAAUCUUUGAAGUCCCAGUAAUAAUUAUGAAGGGGCGAUUCCAUUUUUACGAAGGUUAUUCUUUAUCGAAAGUCAGCAUGCCAAGCAGAAUCUUCAAGUUGCUAGGCUGUUCGUUCCUCAUAAUCACCAAUGCUGCUGGGGGGGUUAAUAAAAAAUACAGAAUCGGAGAUAUUAUGAUGAUCAAAGACCAUAUAAAUCUUCUGGGUUUUUCCGGUAACAAUCCGUUGAGGGGCCCUAAUGAAGAUCGGUUCGGUGACAGAUUUCCACCUAUGAACAAAUGCUAUGACAAGGAUCUUAGAAAGCAGGCAGUUAGGAUUGCUAAAAAGCUGGGGUUGCUCAGAAAGCUGCAUCAAGGUGUUUAUGCGAAUGUGGGCGGUCCUAAUUAUGAGACAGUGGCAGAGAUGAAAAUGUUAGCAAUUUGUGGAGUUGACGCCGUGGGCAUGUCAACCAUUGCCGAAGUUAUUGCAGCUAGACAUGCUGGUCUAAUAAUUUUUGGUUUCAGUCUAAUAUCUGAUGAAGGUAUCCUUGAUUAUGGUAGUGACAAAAAAGAACCAGACCAUUAUGAUGUUCUGGAAGCAGUAAAGGCUAUGGAACAACCCCUUCAAGAGUUUGUGAAACUGAUGGUCAAGUACAUUGGAACUAAAACGCCAUGUACGUGUGGCUCUGCACAUUGAGAUGACAAUUUAUUGACCAUUAAUUGGAUUUGACUAUUCAGUCUUCACGAUAGCUGUUUUUGAUCAGGCCGAGAAUUCCUUGAUUCUCCUAUAACUUGAAGAAUUGGCAAUGUUGUCCAUCUCUUAAGAAAUAAAAUAUUAAAAACAUCUACAAAGUUAGUAAAUAAUAUGCAGCUGCUGCCAAGAAUAAUAAAUCUUUUUUUUUUCGAAUAUCUUAAAAACUGAAGAUUCUACUACGUUUCGGGUAUGGGAGAUGAUGCUUCUCCUUUAUUGACAGAUUUGUCAAAAUUGUGUCAACGGCACAAAUUUUUUGUAUGUUUCGUAACUUCAUUUCAUCAUUAUUUAAACAACUUCAUAUUCAUAAAUCUAAUAAUGGGAGACAGUGAAGGCGUGUACACAUAUUGGCAACUAGAAGAUAUAGCAGAUUUUCUAAAGCAAAGAUCAAACAAUAUUUUUCCUAAAGUAGCCAUAAUAUGUGGAUCUGGAUUAAGCAGUAUCGCAAAUGUGGUUGAAAAUCCAACCGAAAUUAAUUAUGACGAAAUUCCAUAUUUUCCCAAAAGCACAGUUGAAGGUCAAAUUGGAUCUCUAGUGUUUGGUACUAUACUUGAAGUCCCAGUAAUAGUUCUGAAGGGGCGAUUCCAUUUUUACGAAGGUUAUUCUUUAUCGAAAGUCAGCAUGCCAAGCAGAAUCUUCAAAUUACUAGGCUGUUCAUUCCUCAUAAUCACAAAUGCCGCUGGAGGGGUUAAUAAAAAAUACAGAAUCGGAGAUAUCAUGAUGAUCAAAGACCAUAUAAAUUUUCUGGGGUUUUCCGGCAACAAUCCGUUGAGAGGUCCUAAUGAAGAUCGGUUCGGUGACAGAUUUCCACCUAUGAACAAAUGCUAUGACAAGGAUCUCAGAAAGCAGGCGGUCAGGAUUGCUAAAAAGCUGGGAUUGCUCAGAAAGCUGCAUCAAGGUGUUUAUGUGCAUGUGGCUGGUCCUAAUUACCAGACAGUGGCAGAAACGAAAAUGUUAGCAAUUUGUGGAAUUGAUGCCGUGGGCAUGUCAACCAUAGCCGAAGUUAUAGCAGCUAGACAUUCUGGUCUAAUAAUUUUUGGUUUUAGUCUAAUAUGUGAAGAAGGUAUCCUCGACUAUAGUAGUAACAAGAAGGAACCAGAUCAUUAUGAUGUUCUGGAAGCAGUAAAGGCUAUGGAACAACCUCUUCAAGAGUUUGUGAAACUGAUGGUUAAGUACAUUGGAACUAAAACGCCAUGUACGUGUGGCUCUGCACAUUGAGAUGACACUCCUAAUUCUUGACUAUUGACUGGAUUUGACCAAUCAGUCAAAUAUUCAAUCUUCACGAUAGCAGUUUUUGAUCAGACUGAGAAUUUCUUGAUUCUCCUAUAAUUUGAAGACACAAUUUCCAACUCUUAGGAAAGAAAAUGUAUAAUGUCCAUCUCUUAGGAAAUAAAAUGUUCAAAACAUCUACAAAGAAUAGAAUGGAUCAAUAAUGAAACAUUAAUAAACACAAUCAGGUCCAAUACCAAUUAAUAAUGAGUACAUACCUACAUACCUGUUGCAUAUCUAUCAAAUAUAAGUAGUAAUUAUUGUGGUUACUGAAUGACAAAACAGAAUUACAGCGAGAAAAUACUUUUAGACAACGUGGGGAUAGAAAAUUCUACGAACGUUUCCCGGUGUUGCAAUACAAACUUUGUAAAGCAGAAGACAUAUAAACACAUUUUUAUACUUUCUAAUUACCUUUUAUUUUAUCAAAUAGCAAUGAAUGGAUUUUGUCUGAUUAGGUAACCAAUGCAAAUCCACUUUAAAGAAUUUUAAAUGCCAUUUUAAAGAAAAAAAAAUUGAUUCAGUUAAUGUUUUUUUUUAUCAAAAUGAAAACAAACUUUUGGGGUUUUAUUUCUUUCUGGGGUUUCAACUUGGAGAAAUUAAGAUUUUUGUGGUACAUAGGUACCUACCUAUUCGAAUUUAAAAUCCAAAAUCUACUCAUAUCAUUUUAUAAACGUGUAGUUCAUAAUCCAUCCUUGAUUAUGGCUUAAAAAAACGAAAAUUAAAUCUAUAAUUUUCUAAUUUCUGAAGAAAUCAACUAUUUUGAGUAAUUUUAAGGAUUUUUCUUUUUCCAAUUUUCUAACCAUUGUUUAUGCAUCCCAAAUUUCUUAGUUAUUAAUAAGUAGAG